AUGGAGAAGCCAUUGACAUCUGGAUUCAUGGUCCUGGGCGUGGUCAAGUUCAAUAUCUACGAAGAACGAAUCAUCGAAUCGCUGAAAAUCGACUUCAGAGGCCGAACUAAAGUCUUUCUCGAUCAGAACUAUGGAGACAUGGUUAUAUCCAGAACAGACUAUGCUUCGGAGAGCUACCUCGACGAAGAACGGAGAGAGUAUGAUCGUCGGGUCCAAGAAGAGCUGGGUGCCCGUGCGGAAGAACACCCGAGCAUUUUUGAGCUGGAGUACCGCUGCCCUCUCUGUCUGACCAGGUCGGCCAUUGCGAAGUUCAAGGGGAAUAUUUACCGCGCCGUCUGCCCGUGUCCGGACUGCGAGGAUUCUUUCGAAACAGAGCCGGGCCAUCUCAUGGAAGCGUUUUAUGCACGCGCAGGUCUAAGUACCGUGGUCUGA